AUGGCGACGGCGACGUCCAAGGCGACGGGGCCAUGGAGCAGGCUCUCUGCGGCCGAGGCCGCCGUGAACCGCGCCGUGGCCGGGAGCCGCGUGGGGACCUACUUCAAGCUGGAGGCGCGCAAGAGCUCCUUCACCAAGGAGCUCCGCGCGGGCGCCGCCACGUUCCUCACCAUGGCCUACAUUAUCUCCGUCAACGCCGCCGUCCUCACCGACUCCGGCGGGCCGUGCACGGCGCGGGACUGCACCCCCGUCGUGGCCACCGCCAACAACUCGACCGCCACCACGCCACCUGGGCCGGAGUGCACUGUCGUCGGGGCGAACCCGGGGUACGAGCAGUGCCUGGCGCGCACCAAGAGCGACCUGAUCGUGGCGACGGCGGUGGCCGCCAUGGCGGGCUCCUUCGCGAUGGGCGUUUUCGCCAACCUGCCGCUGGCGCUGGCGCCCGGGAUGGGCGCCAACGCCUACUUCGCCUACAACAUGGUGGGGUUCCACGGCUCCGGCCCCAUCGGCUACCGCACGGCGCUGGCGGUCGUGAUGCUGGAGGGCGUCGUCUUCUUCGCGCUCUCCGCCGUGGGGCUCCGGUCCAGGCUGGCGCGGAUGAUCCCGCGGAACAUCCGCCUGGCCUCGGCAGUGGGGAUCGGCCUGUUCCUGGCCUUCACGGGCCUGCAGGCGCACCAGGGGGUCGGGCUCGUCGGCGCCAGCCCCUCGACGCUGGUCACGCUGACGGCCUGCUCCGACGUGGACCCGGCAACGGGCGCCUGCCUCAGCGGCACCAUGCGGUCCCCGACGUUCUGGCUCGGCGCCGUCGGCUUCCUCAUCACGGCCACCUUCCUGGCCAGGGACGUGAAAGGGAGCAUGAUCUACGGCAUCGUCUUCGUCACCGUGGUGUCCUGGAUCAGGGGCACCGCCGUGACGGUGUUCCCGGACACGGCCGCGGGCAAUGCCGGCUUCGACUACUUCAAGAAGGUGGUGGACUUCCACAUGAUCCGCACCACCGCGGGGCGGGUCAGCUUCGCCGGCUUCCGGCACGGCAACGUCUGGCUCGCCCUGCUCACGCUCCUCUACGUGGACGUCCUGGACACGACGGGGACAAUGUACUCCAUGGCCGAGUACGGCGGGUUCGUCGUGGACGGCGACGGUGCCGGCGGCGGGUCGUUCGAGGGCGAGUACCGCGCGUUCCUGGUGGACGCCGGGUCGACGGUGCUAAGCGCGGGGCUGGGGAGCUCCACGGUGACCACCUACAUCGAGUCCACGGCGGGGAUCCGGGAGGGCGGCCGGACGGGGCUCACCGCCAUCACCGUGGCCGCGUUGUUCCUGGCGUCGCUCUUCUUCGGCCCGCUGCUCAUGAGCGUGCCGCCCUGGGCUGUGGGACCGUCGCUGGUGCUCGUGGGCGCCAUGAUGAUGCGCGUCGCCAGGGACAUCGAGUGGGGCGACAUGAAGGAGGGCGUCCCGGCGUUCGUCACCAUGGCGCUCAUGCCGCUCUCCUUCUCCAUCGCCAAUGGCAUCAUCGCCGGGCUCGGCGUCUACGUCGCGCUGCACUGGUACGACUGGGCGAGACACGGGUACGCCAAGGUGAGCAACGCGCUGGACGAGCGGCGGAACCAGGUGGCCGCCGCCGCGGGCGGCGAAGUCGGCCCGGCGACGGCGCAGGACGUCGUCUGA